AUGCCGGUGCCGAGCACGGUUGCUUGGAACGCUGUCAUCUCCAGUUAUGCGCAACAGAGUGGGAUGGACCAUGAGGUCUUUGGAUUUUAUAAGGAUAUGAAGAGGCAGGGAUUAUGGCCCAGUAGAUCGACCUUCGCCAGCAUGCUAAGCGCAGCAGCUAAUAUGGCGGCGCUUGUUGAAGGCCGACAGUUUCAUGCUUCGGCGGUAAGGCAUGGCUUGGAUGCAAAUGUUUUCGUGGGUAGCUCUCUGAUCAACCUUUAUGCGAAAUGCGGCUGCAUUGGUGAGGCAAGGGACGUGUUUGAUUUCUCCCGUGAGAAGAACAUUGUCAUGUGGAAUGCGAUGCUCAAUGGACUUGUUCGAAAUGAGCAACAAGAAGAGGCCAUCCAGAUGUUCUGGUAUAUGAUGAGGCUUGGUCUUGAGGCUGAUGAGUUCACGUUCGUCAGUGUUCUUGGUGCAUGUGCCCACUUGGAUUCACAUUGCUUGGUAAGGCAGGUGCAGUGUGUGACAAUCAAGAAUUGCAUGAAUGCAAGCUUGCUUGUUGCUAAUGCAACAUUAGAUAUGUAUUCCAGGUUUGGAGCUAUAGUUGAUGCAAAGACACUAUUCAGUCUGAUUCCUUACAAAGAUAGUGUAUCUUGGAAUGCCCUUAUAGUUGGACUUGCACAUAAUGGAGAAGAGGAAGAAGCAAUCGUUGUAGCAUCACUGCAUCAGAACAGCUCUCUGGACUAUUGUUUUUAUUCUGUUCAAGGGCACUUAAUUGAUGAGACCAGUUUGUACAGGUUCGUUUCUAGUUUAUUUUCUCUCAGUGAAGUAAUUUUUACUGUGGUUGUAAGGUUCUGA